CUGAAGCGCAGGGUGACUGACUGCUGUUGCCUCUCAGACUCGUAUUUUCUUAAAUUAAGGAUUCUAAACACUAAUAAAUAUGUCCACUGCUAUGAAUUUCGGGUCGAAGAGCUUCAAACCUCGGGCUCCAGACAAAGGCUCUUUCCCUUUGGAUCAUUUUGGUGAGUGUAAAGACUUCAAGGAAACGUUCAUGAAGUGCCUGAGAGAUAACAACUUCAACAACUCCAUAUGCCGACUGCAGUCCAAAGAAUAUCUGGAAUGCCGGAUGAACAAUCAGCUGAUGGCCAAGGAGCCCCUGGAAAAACUGGGAUUCAGGGACCUGAUGGAUCCUCCUCCCAACGAAGCAGACAAAGACGCUAAACCCUGACCUGCCUCAACACCACAACUGCUGCUUUCAAAAUGCAGGGAUGGUGUUACUGUGGACUUAUCAUAUCCUGCAGUGUGUUUGGAAAUCAUGACAACCCUAGUACCCACAGAAGCAUUUUAAACAGAGAGACUAAUGCGAGUGUGAAGCUGAGAGGAUUUUGAGGAUCCUGCUGACAUUGAGUGGAGAACAUACACGAGGUUACAGACCUCAUUCUAUCAAUCACGUGUACAUAAAAUAAAAAUGUCUAAUAUAUGGAGAUGCUAUUUUGGUGUGUCAAUAAAUCUUUUAUAUUUAAACUCAA